AUGUGGAUUGCAAAUCUGAAUAGAAUCCCGACCAAAGCCAGAAUUGCUUCUUGGGGAGUCAACAUCUCUCUGGACUGUUGCCUCUGUGCAAGGGAUGUAGAAAACAGAGAUCACCUCCUCCUCACUUGUCGGUUCAGUGCUGAGAUUUGGAAGAUGGUGCUCGCAAGACUGGAUCGCAAUCAACCGAUGUUCUUCUCGUGGGCCGAGCUUCUCUCAUGGAUGAGUACGAGAUCUCCCCAAGCUCCAUCUACUCUCAGAAAGCUAACAACUCAUGCAACGAUAUACCACAUUUGGAGGCAAAGAAAUAAUGUCCUGCACAAUCAGCAAACAAUAUCACCGAUGGCCAUCUUCAAGAUAAUUGAUCGAAUGGUUAAAAACAUAAUCACGGCGAGAAGACACAGGCGUGCUUUCUCGGACUUAAUGGUGCUCUGGAUCCGAUGA